GAGCCGCGCCAGUCGCCCAAGCCUCAACCGCUAGGCAACUUUCCUUCCCUCCUUCUCUUCACGACAGUGACCGUCUGCAUCUUAUUCGUUCUCUGGAGGCGUGCGGACUCUUUGCGAGUCGUGGUAUCGCACCAACUGAAGACGUGGAGGCGCAGAGAAGGCAACAUCCGUCUGUCUGAAGAUGACGGGCCUCCGGCGCAUACAUUCUUGGAAGACGAAUACGACGACGAUAAUGAUAGAAUCAAC